UAAAAAAAGGGGUGGAAGAUAUGGAUGAGGAAUAAGUGAAUAACACUACACCACCUCCCACUUUCAAAAGCUUCUGGUAAAUGUGCCACUAAAAAGUGGAAGUGACACUAGUAAUAUUAAACACACCCCUCUUUGUACCCAAAAAAAAACACACACACACACACCUCUCUUUGUCUCUGUGUUCCUACUUGCAAAUGUUUAAUAACAAUAUCAUGUAAGCAACCUUGCUGUUUUGGAAGAUUAAAAUGGCAAAGAAAGUAGAGGAAACCCACUCCUCUAUAAGCUCUGAAUCUUCACCACCUCCAACCACUCCACCAAUGGCAUCACUCCUGAGAAGGGUCAGAGUCUUCUUCAACAGAAUUUCUGGUUUUACCAUUAAUUCUUCGGAAACGAACCAAUCUCCUCGCAGCAGCAGCAGCAGCAGCAGCAGCCGAAGAACUUUCCACAGGGAUGUAGAACAAGAAGAGUUCCUGUAUGCAAGCAGCCAUUGUCUCUCAUCAUACUACAGUGUCUUUGUCGUUCGCCUCGCCAUCAUGGUGAUGCUAGCAAUUUUGAUAGGAAUGCUAACAUUGUUGACAUGGCAUUUUACAAGGGUCUACACAGCAAAAUCACUCGAAAAUUUAGCUUAUGGCCUUCGGUAUGAACUUCUACAGCGUCCCAUAUUACGAAUGUGGAACAUCUUGAAUUCCACUGUCGAAAUAACUACAGCACAAGUUAAAUUGUCACAGUAUGUCAUCAGACGGUACAGCAAGCCUGUUAAUCAAGCACAACAAGUCGAGUUAUACGAAGUAAUGAGGGAUGUAACAUGGGCACUAUUUGCAAGUCGCAAGGCUCUUAAUGCUAUAACUAUAAAUUACAGAAAUGGUUUCGUCCAGGCUUUCCACAGAGAUCACCGGAGUAACAAUACAUUUUACAUCUACUCAGAUCUUGUCAACUAUUCAAUCAGCGGUUCUUAUGACAUCAACUUGCUGUCGUCUCAUCAAGGGUGGAGCGAUCAAUCCAUACACAAUAACUUUUCUGCUAUCUGGUACCGAGAACCACUCGAUCCUCUCACAGGUGAAAAGAUAGGGAAAGCAAGGCCAAUCCUUCCAGAUGAUCUAAUUAACAUUGCAGGCCUUUCACAAGUACCUGACGGUGUAGCUUCGUGGCACGUAGCAGUGAGCAAAUACACGGAUUCACCAUUGCUUUCUGCAGCGUUGCCGGUUUGGGAUGCUUCCAACAAAAGCAUAGUGGCGGUUGUGGGCGUUACAACUGCGCUUUAUAGCGUAGGUCAGCUUAUGAAAGAACUUGUUGAAUUCCACAGCGGACACAUUUACUUGACCUCUCAAGAAGGCUGGUUACUUGCUACUUCCUCAAACACUCCUCUGUUGAUGAAUUCAACGACAGGGCCUAAGCUUAUGAUGGCCGUUGAUUCUGAGGAUCAAGUGAUACGAUUGGGAGCAGAGUGGCUAAAGCAGGCCUAUGGCGACAAUUUUGCUCCAAGUCACGAGGUUCAUGCAGAGAAUGCUCGGCUUGGACACCAGUUAUAUUACAUCGAUUCGUUUUUCCUAAACUUAAAGAGGCUUCCAAUGGUAGGCGUGAUCAUUAUUCCGAGGAAAUAUAUAAUGGGGAAGGUAGAUGAGAGGGCUUUCAAAACAUUGGUAAUACUGAUAUCAGCUUCAUUAUGUAUCCUAGUUGUCGGUUGUGUUUGCAUUUUCAUAUUGACAAAUGGGGUGUCAAAGGAAAUGAAACUAAGAGCAGAGUUGAUCAGUCACUUAGAUGCAAGGAGAAAGGCAGAGGCAUCUAGCAACUACAAAAGCCAGUUUUUAGCAAACAUGAGUCAUGAAUUGCGAACACCUAUGGCUGCAGUGAUUGGACUGCUGGACAUCCUUAUGUGUGAUGAUUGUCUCACAAAUGAGCAAUAUGCAACAAUUACCCAAAUUCGUAAAUGCUCAACUGCAUUACUCCGGCUUCUCAACAACAUUUUGGAUCUCAGUAAGGUUGAAUCUGGAAAACUGGUGCUGGAAGAAACUGAGUUUGACUUGGGGAGAGAACUUGAAGGGCUUGUUGAUAUGUUCUCUGUGCAGUGCAUUAACCACAAUGUGGAGACUGUUCUAGAUCUAUCUGAUGAUAUGCCAAGAUUAGUUCAAGGUGACUCUGCAAGAGUUGUUCAAAUUUUUGCAAACCUAAUUAGCAAUUCUAUCAAGUUUACUACGUCUGGCUACAUUGUUCUGCGAGGAUGGUGUGAGAAGCCAAACACUUCUAGCAACGGCAGGAAGUUUCAUCUCAAUCCAAAGGAAUCAUGGAGUACACAUAAAACAAUUUUGAAGCAAUAUGUAAACCACGCAAAGAGAUCCUGCAAAAAAGAUAACAAAGUGAUUCUUUGGUUUGAAGUUGAUGACACUGGCUGUGGAAUCGAUCCAAGCAAAUGGGAGUCUGUUUUUGAAAGCUUUGAGCAAGCUGAUCCCUCAACAACUCGCACGCAUGGUGGCACUGGCCUUGGCCUAUGCAUUGUGCGAACCUUGGUGAACAAGAUGGGUGGAGAAAUCAAAGUGGUAAAGAAGAAUGGCCCGGGCACUCUAAUGCGAUUAUACUUGCUUCUCGGUACAUCAGCAGAUACUGCAGGAAAGCAUUGUCAACUAAAAUUUACUGAACAUAGCUUGAUGGUCCUACUUGCACUGAAUGGUAAAAUGGGUAGAUUGAAAAUGUCUCAGUGGUUACAGAAAAACGAAGUGCUUACCUGGGAAGCAUCUGAAUGGAAUGAGCUGACUCAAAUUCUUCAGGAACGCUUUAAAGCCAAAAGUAAUGCACAAUGUUCACCUACAGAAUGCUCAAAAGCCGAAUCAUUAAAUAAGCAAGAAGUGAAGGAUUCAGUGUUCAUCAUAGUUGUUGACAUAGGCCUACUUGACUUGAACACGGAUAUAUGGAAGGAACAGUUAAAUUUCCUUGAUAAAUACUGCGGGAAAGCAAAGUUUGCAUGGAUACUAAACCAUGACACCUCCAACACCAUUAAGAUGGAGCUUCGUAGUAAAGGGCAUCUAUUGAUGGUUAAUAGACCACUAUACAAGGCAAAAAUGAUUCAAAUUUUGGAAGCUGCAAUAAAGGAGAGAAAUCUUGAGCUGCAAAAGAAAACUAAUGCCUUCAAAUCUAUGACAGCAGAAGGUGAUUUGCAUGAAUGUCUCGAAUUAGAUCCCAUUCAGUAUGAUGCAGCCAGUUCUGAUGAUUCUGAUAAGUCCGAAAUGGGAAGUUCUAACUCCAUGAGGGAAUCUCAUACUAAAGAAAAGCAAAUAGAAUAUUCGACUACACCUUGUCCAUCACAGCGUGUGACAGUUAACAAUUGCUUUGUUGAGUUAAGUCAAGUGUAUUCACAAGAAGGAGAUUUUUGCACAAAUGAUCCGAAUCAAUUCAGAUCCACAUUGCAUGACAAUUCAAAAUGCCAGGAACAGCAUUUGACUAGCAGUUGUUCAAAAGAGCAAGGUAGUCUAUAUUCCAGAAAAGUUGUUAAUGAACAGAAAGCUCUUGAAGGCAUAUGUAUACUGCUGGCAGAAGAUACACCAGUACUCCAGAGAGUUGCAACAAUAAUGCUGGAAAAAUUGGGGGCUACUGUAGUGGUUGUAGGAGAUGGAAUGCAGGCAGUGGAUGCUCUAAAGAUCAAACUAGGUGCAGAUGAGUGUAGAAGAGGAUCUACCUUGGAAGAUGGCAAUGCAAGAACUCAAACUAAAAUUGAGGAAUGCCUACCGUACGACUUGAUCCUAAUGGAUUGUCAGAUGCCAAAGAUGGAUGGUUAUGAAGCAACAAAGGCAAUCCGGAAAUCAGAAUUGGGAACCAGUUCACACAUCCCAAUUGUUGCACUAACUGCCCAUGCAAUGUCAUCAGAUGAAGCCAAAUGCUUGGAGGUUGGUAUGGAUGCUUAUCUGACAAAACCGAUUGACCGCAAGCUGAUGGUGUCCACCAUCCUUUCACUAACUAAGAGAAUGGCCUAGCUUUUAUUCCAACCAAUACAUUGGCAUUAUUUUACACAAACCAGAGCUAACAUUAUAUAGAGUAUGGAUGUAAAAAAUAGUAGUAUACAGGGAAAGUUAAAUAGGUGCUUUUAACUUCUUGCACAUGCUUGAGUUUCCAAUUUAAGCAAUUGGAAACAUGCACUAUAAAUCUGUAUGCAACUUAUUGGGUCUGUCAAUGGGUGGCAGUCACAUUGCAUGAAAGUAUGGCUUUAACUUCUGAGGA